GGAAAAUGAGGUCAACACUUUACGAUAGCUAACGUUAAGUGCGUAAAGUGUACACUUUACAAUGAAAAGAGAAACCAAAAAUAAAGUGGGAAAAUGCAUCGAAUGAUGUUUCCUUACGUUGAGUGAGAAUUUGUAUUAGAAUUUAAGUACACUUUUAACAGAGAACAUGGGAAAUUGCAAAGGGAAGAUAUCAAAAGAAAGUAAAAGCCAGAUGAGAGAGGACACUUAUAGACCUAGUGACAAAGGAAAGGUGAAGGACAGUGUUGGGGAUAAACUAGAUAAUAAAAAUGGUAUUAACAAAGAGGAUGCAGAAGCUACAAAGAUACCAUUUGUGAAUCCAGAAAUCCCAACAAAAUCUGAAACUGUGUUACAGAGUACAAAUACAAGUGUAUCUGGUAUGAAUGGAUUAAAAGCAACUGAUUACAUGAAAGAACAAGAUCACAAACAGCAUGAACCAGAAGCUUCAUUUUCAGAAAAUCCUGUUGAAAGUUCAAAUAAAGAUGGACUAUUAACUAGAGCAGAUACCGAAAAUGAUAAAGGAGAAGAAACAAAUAAUGAGUCUCCAACAGGCAUUCCAUUAAAUAAAGUUCCUGGAUCCCAGUCUAGUGAUGCAGAAACUGACAGGUCCUAUUUAUUUGCCCAUGGAAGAAAAGAAGAAGAACCACAAAUUGAAGAAUCAGAAUUUAUAAACAAAAAAACUGGUAAAAGUGAUGAUUCAUCAGCACAUAAAGAUGAAGUAAGCAGCUUAAAUGAGACUGGUCCAACAGACAAAGCAAUGGCUGAUGCCUCAACCACAUUCGAAGAAACAAGCCCAGAAAAGAAGGUUGACAAUUUACCAACAGACAAUGCUGGUGGAAAUGAUUCAGAAGCUGUGAAAGGCAGAAGUGACCAAUCAAAUGGACUUAAAAAUGAUCAAAUAGGCAAACAUUCUGAUAAGUCACAGCCUGAAAAUGCUCAAUCUGAUAACCAACAGAACAGUGAUGAUCCUACAGGCUAUAAAGGCUCUAAAUUUGCAAAGCUUGCUGACAUACAGGAUAAAAAAAUUUCAGAGGAAAUGAAGGAAAUGAAUAGCAAAAAAACAAAAGGAAAAGAAAAGAAGAAGAAAAGUAAAUUUGAGCCACCUCCCAAUGCUAACAUACAACACUAUUAUAAAUAUGCAGCGGUAGUAAACAUUGGUAAUGAUAAUGUUUACAUGGGUCAGGUGGAUGGAAAAGAGAAAGAAGAGCAAGAAAAAGUGGAGAAAUUCCAGCCAACUUCUACAAUAAGUACUAUGGAAAUGGAAAUCCUUGUAGAAGUGUCAAAAUCAGUGGGUUAUUUUCAUGGACCCAUUAAAACUGGAACAUGUUGGAGAGUAGGAGAAGAUAAAAUCAUUACUGCUGCUCAUGUUGUUUAUGAUAAUAUAUGGAAUACUGUUCUUGAUAUACCAUAUGAAGCAGAAUUGGAUAACAUAAAGGUAGACUUUGAUUAUAUUAGCGAAAAGUCACCCGUUUUUUUCAAAGUUGAACCAAGAAUAUUGUUUAAGGAUGAAAGUUUGGAUGUAGCCGUUCUCCGGCUGAUACCUGAUAACCGGAAGCCGUUUCCUCCUCCACUUAAGAAGUUUUAUAGACUUAAUCCUAAAAAAGAUGAGGAUAAACAUAUUUAUUUGAUCAGUCAUAAUAAAGGUAUAAAAAAAGAAGUCAACUCUGGAAUAGGUAUUUGGAAUCCAACAGAGAAAAGAAUGGAAGAUCUUGAAAGGUUUUGUCAAAAAUAUGGACAACAGAAUGGUUACAUAGAACUGGACAGAAAAGAUAGAUUAGUUAUUCAGUGUGAAUUUGUUGGUGGAGCUUCAGGGAGUCCUGGCAUUGUUAUUUUUAAUAAUGUGGCUCAUGUUGUUUUUGUUUAUAUUAGGGGAUUUCCUUCUUUUUAUCAUCGGAAACAGUUUCCUGAAGAAGAAAGAAGAAAAUUUCCUAGAGAUAAGCUCCUUCAGCAAGGAGUCAAUAUUGGCAAUCUGUAUGACGCUAUGUCUAAAACUAAAGUAAACUUAUGUAAUGAGAUAUUUCACGAGGAGGCAAAAAAACGUGAGCAGAAUAUAAAGCAGCACAAGCUUGCUAUAACUGAUGUCAACUCAAGCAAUACAGAUAAAACAGAAAGAUCAAUUGACAGUGGGAAAGAUAAAAUGGACAACAUUAGUUCAAAAUCUGAAGUGGAAAUUCCUAUUUCUAAAGUGACAGCUUGCACUGAUCAAAGUGAAGACAAGAUUCCAGAUGCAGCAAGUUAUAAUAGACUGAUGUCACAUGUUUCUGUCCCUGGUCAAACUUAUAUUUCAUCACCAGAGGAGGAUACAGACAAAUACAAUAAUACUGGAAACCAGCCAGCUCAAAAUAUUGAAACUGGUGGAAGUGACAAAUGUACAGUACGAGAUCCCUGUAACCACUCAAGCAUGAAUAAUGGUGCUGCAGAGAAUCACAGUUGGCAUGUUAGAGAGAAAGAAAUCGUUUCACUUCAGAGGAGUCCUGGGAAAACAAGACCUGUGCCUGUUGAGCAAAUUACAAUUGAUGAGUGGAUUGGACGUGUUUGGCAGGAAAACCGAUAUAAACAGUUAGCAGACAAAGAUAUUUUAUUUUUGAGUAAAGCUAUUAAUCCUGAAUGUUUCAACAGUGUAGCACUCCAAUUUGAUUUGAAUCAGAUUGAUGUUGCCAAGAUACAAACAGAAAAUAGAACAGACUUGUGCUAUCAUAUGCUAUAUAAAUGGAAAAAUAAGAAAGGCAAGGAGGCAACUCUAGGGAAAUUAAUACAGAAUUUGUUCUCAUCCUGGAUUUCUGAAAAUGGAAGUGUUGGAGAGAAAGAAUUAAAAUUAGCCAUUUUAAAAGUGACAGAGGUUUUCAGUAGAAAAGAAUAAGUGGUAUGUAUCUCCAAACUUGAUGUAUUUUGAUAUGAAAUAACCAUAACUAAAUAGAGGAAGCGUUGGUGUAAUGAUGAGACAGUUUCCUAAACAGCACCAAUGUUCACCAGAAUUAGAAAUCAUAAGGUUACCAUAGUGCUUUCAAUGAUGGACAAGUGCCUAUACCAUGUGACAACUUUGACAAUAAAAAUUUGUAAAUUAAUUGGAAUAAAUUGCUAAAAAAAUAUUUUAUUUUAUUUUACAUGGCAAAGAAUGGACCUUGUUACAUAGUAACAUAAUAAUAACUUGAGCUACAUUAAACAGAUGUAGUGACAUCAGAUUAUAUGUCAUAUCAGUUUUUUUUAUAAAUAAUUAUUUACAUAUUUCUAGCUCAACUCUCAAUUCUUUAGAUAUUGUCAUUAAAACUUGCAUAUCAUAUGCAACUAUUCCAGUCAUAAUUACGUUCGAUAACUCUGCAUGUUACUGGUUUAAUUAGGAUUAUAUAAAAUUAUCCUGUUACCCGUGUGAUAAGUGUUUAGAAAAUUGAAAAAUAUUUACAUUUCACCUCAGUUAACAUCCAUUUGAGGUUAUCUUUUAUUGAUUUAAAAUAAAAUCAUAAAAUAAUUUCAUAAUCAGAAUCGGACAAAACUAAUCUACAUAGGUCUUGUUAAAAUUUACACCGUGAUAGGGUGCCAUGUUUGUUUUCUUUUAUCACUUCGUUGUUAUGACUUUUUAUCUCCGUAAUCUAGCUAUGGAUUAGGGUAUUAUUGUCGAGCCUGCAACAUUUAUGUCCUGAAAGCGAGACAUAGCAAUCCUAGAUUCCAGCAUCAGUGUCGGCGUCAGCGGUGUCAACAUUUAGUCUGUGGUUAUAGUUUUUUUAGACAUCAGUAACUUUGUCAAACCUUCAUGGAAUUUUAUGAAAUUUAGACAGAAGCUUGUUUAUGACCAAAAAUACAGUAUCCAGGCCAAAAUUUUGAAAAUAUUUAUUUUCAUUUUUCCAUAUUUUACUUAUAAAUGUACUUAGUUUUUUUUACAGUUAACAUUCAGGCUCAGUCUGAGGUUAAAGUUUUUCAGUCAACAAUAACUUUGUCAAACCGUCAUGGAAUUUUAUGAAAUUUUGACAGAAGCUUGAUAAUGACCAAAAUACAGUAUCCAGAGCAACAUUUUGAAAAUAUUUAUUUUCCUUUUUGCUUAUUUUACUGAUAAAUGGACUUAGUGGUUUUUUCCAGUUAACAAGUAGAUACAGUCUGUGGCUAUAGUUUGUUACACAUCAAUUACUUUGUCAAACCUUCAUAGAAUUUUAUGAAACUUUGGCAGAAGCUUUUUUAUGAUUAAGAGAUAAUGUCUGAAGUAAAAUUUUGAAAAUAUUUUUUUUAAUUUUCAGUAUUUUUCUGAUAAAUGGAUUCACUUUUUAAGUCAACAUUACACUUUAACACUAACAGCAGCAAUCACAGGAAGACACAGGGUUCCGCGGAACCCGUUAUGAAAUUUUUAGACUCACAAUUACGUGUCAAAUCUAAUUGCAAUAUAAACAUUGAAAUUAAAUUAAAUCAUUUGCAUGGACAAAUGUGGAAGAUCAACUACAUUGGAAAAUUAAUUGGUCGCCAUUUUUUUUCAUGACUGAAAACUAUAUGCAUCCAACAGUUAUUUGAUUUCUAUCGUAAAUUACAAAAUAUCUUUUACGAGUCGAGUUACAAUGUCAGUGUAAACAGUGCAUGAUCAAUGCAUAUAAAUCUUUAUUUUGUGUGGGAGAGAAUGUUUCUAAUAAAUAUACUAAAGUGAAGGUGAAAUAAGUUCUUUCUCAAAACAAUAAGACACACCUAAAAUAUUUCGAAUAUAACUUUUUAAUUAAUAACUUAUUGAAUACAUGUCCUGUCGUUGUUUACUUCUGACAGCGGCCGCCAUUUUCAAAAGUUUGCUAACUAAUGACAAAAUGUGAACUUUCAAUCAAAUUUUGAAGCAAAAAGUUUGUUACUUAGACUGAUUUUGUUUUCAAUUUCUUUGAAUUAAAUGUAUUGUCAACCUUUUUAGGGGUUGGGCCGUUAUUAUUUACAAUAAAUAAUUUGAGAAAAUUGAUUAUUAAAGAAGAUCCAAGUGCAAUUUUAUCGAGUGUUUACGAAGAAGUUAACCAAGGCUGUGUGGUUAUGGUACCUCGAUUUUCAAACUUAAUUUGAAGCAAGAAAAUCAUAUCUCUGAACUGAACUGAACAAUUAAUUGCCCUCAACGUUUAGCAUCUUAUAUUUGUUACUGGGCAUAUAUGCCCGCCUUAGUAAUUUCCUUCAAACAUGACCCAAACAUUAAGUAUUGGUGUUAUUUUGUUGAUGAAGAUAUAUAAUACAGAAAAGAAAACAUUUAAUUUGUAAAUAUGAAAAAUCUUCAAAACGCAGAGUUCGGUGGUAAAAUACACAAUGUAUCAAAUAAAGUUAUGAUCGUUUAAUAUAUGUAGCAUUAAUGAUAAACAACAACUGAAUUGUUAAAUUCAUGUGAUGACUGCGAUAGUUGGAUAUGAUAUACUUAUGAGUAAUAGGUUUUUUGUCUGGGAAAUGAUGCCUAGGGAUUUUUCUCAUGUAUGAAUUGUAUGAAAAGAAUUAAAGGUUCAACUCAAUAAAAAUUAAAAAAUUAAAAAAACUUUGAAGAAAUGUAUUCAGAAAUGUAUUAUUGUAAACUUGAUUGUGUAAUUCAAAAUAUGUUUUAUGUCACAUAUUUAUACAAAACAAUAUGUACUAGGCUUUUUUUAUAGCAUUUUGUUGCAUGUAAAUGAAAUAUUUUACACCUUUGUCGAUUUCGGCUAUCCUACCAAUAAUUUUAUUAUGUUAUUUUUGGAACUAACAUAUAUUUUAUAGACAUUUAUAAAAUGACAGUGAACAUCCAGCUAAAAUUACUGAAACUUAAAUGAUGAAUUUUUAACCGGAUUUUCGAAGGAAAAAUCAGUUAUUGAUUUGGGGAUGUACGGCGGGCGGGUAGCUGCCAAACAGUGUCCGUUCAUCAACAUGCAAACUCUUUGACGAUUUUUUUUUCAAAUUUUGAUAUGUUGUUUCCUGUGACUAAAUGAAGGUCAGGUUCAAUUUUCACGAUUUUAUAGCUUCUCUCGUUUUUGAGUUUUCAACUUUUUAGAAGUUCAAAUAUAUUCUUAUUAUAUGAUUGAGUUAUUUUUCCCUUUGAACAGAAAUUGUGAUUUGCAAAUAUCAUUUUCAUUAGAUAAUAAUCUAUUUUUAUUAAAGGAUAUAUUUAAUUACUUUACAUUGUGUAGAUAAAAUUGUUGACAUUGAUAGAUAAGUUGCAAAUCUAUAUUAGUUUGUGACAAAUGAAAGAAAAAAUAUUGGGAACUAUUAAUUAUAUAUAUAAAGUUUGAUUACAUUAUGUGGUUUGAAAUAAUUUUCAUCUGUUAAUAGAUAACAAAACAUCUGGUACAUAUCUUAUCACACAAUUAUAAUUGGAGUGACAGAUUUAUUUGAAAAUUGUUGAUGAUAAGAUCUGUAAGACAAUAUAAAUCAAUUUUGAAAUUUACUGUUCAUUAUUAGACAUUUUGAAGAUAAGUUUUAUAGAUUUUUAAUAGAUAUUGUAUUCAUGAUAAAUGACAUUUUGGAUUUUUUUUCAUCAUUUUACUUUUCUAAAUUGUUUGAAGAAUUUUGUAGUAGGUUUGUUUGUUAUUCUGUAUAAACUUAAUUUCUGAAUGCUAUAUAUAUAUAUUUUUUGAUGAAGCAAACUCCUUUAAAAACUAAGCUUAGUUUGUCUUUAAAUAAAAAUGUAUUUAGAUUUCUGAUUUUGGGCCCAGUUUUCAAGUUGGUCCAAUUCGGGGUCCAAAAUUAUACUGUGUUUGAUUUCAACAUAAAUUGAAUAUAUAUAGGGUUCUUUGAAAAGCUGAAUCUAAACCUGUAUUUAUUUUCAUGAUUAAGUAGAUAAUACCCCAUUGAGGUCCAAAGGGUCCUAAAUUAAAUUUUUGUUUGAUUUCAUCAACAUUUCAAAAAUUGAAUUCUUGGGGCUUUUUGAUAUGCUAAUGAUAACAAUGUUAUUAGAUUUUGGAUAUUUGACCAUAAUAGGUAAAUUUCCGAUUUCAAAUUUUUCAGUUCUUUGACCACAUUCAUUUUGUGUCACAAACCUAUACUGUGUCAAAUAUUCAAUCACAAUCCAAAUUCAGAGCUGUUUUAAGCUUUAAUGUUGUGUCCAUACUUGCUCAACUGUUCAGGGUUCGACCUCUGCAGGAAAAUCCGGUUUGCUGUCUCUCUGACAGCCUCUUGUUAAUUAUGGGCGAAUCAAACCUUAAAAUUUCAUGUUAUUUUAAUGAUUCUGUGCAAUAACAGGUGCAACAACGUCUUAUUCUGUACGAGAGGGGAAUACAAAUAGUUACCCACAAUGAGUAAUUGUAAGAUUACCAAGUAGAAAUUACUUUAAAUGAAAUUUUGUCCACAAACUGUUGGAUCAAGGACAGCCCUUUUAGCUAACCUUGACCCGAAGUGUCAAAUGAGCUAUUCUCAUCACUUGGCGUCUAAAGUCUGACAUCAGACGUCAACUUUUACAAAAUUGUUCUCUGAAACUACU